AUGGCAAGAAAAAGAAAAGCAAAGAGACAUAAAUAUCAAUCGCUGAGAAAGCUUUCGAUCAUCAUUUGCCACAGUCUCGAUCAUAAUUUUGGGGUCAAUACACUAAAUUUGAUUUCGUAUUUUUCUAACAACUCUUCAUGGUUCGUCAUUGUGAAAUGGAUCACUUUGCGCAGUCAUGAGAACCUGCCAGGAAUAUUUUGUAAUUUACUCAGAUAUAUUCAUGAAAGAUAUCCUAGAAGUUUAUUAUUUGAUUUAAUAAGAAUUCAAGACGAUGUUGAAGACUAG